AUGGAGCUUGGUCUCACACCAAAUCAAGUGAGAUUUUGGUUCCAGAACAAAAGGAACACUCUCAAGGAAAAAAGUGAAAAGGAGGAAGCGUUUACUAUUCGAGACGAGAACGAAAAGUUAAAAGUUGAAUGUCUCAGGUUGAAAGAGUUGCUAAAUAAGUACAAGUGCAAUGCUUGUAAGGUUCUUACUCCCAUCAAACUUGAGCAAUUUGCCAAUGGACAACUUCAAGCCGAUAACUUGCAAUUGAGGCAACAGGGCAUGGGAAUACCAGUCCGGAUAAACCAAGACUUACUACCACCAAUGCUUGUUUGGUCGUUGGAUCAAUCUAAUGGAGUCUUUCUUGGGAAAACAUCAAUGGAACCAAUCAAUCCUAACGUCGCUAAUUCUAUUGUUAAUGCAAAUGUCAAUGUUAAUCCAAAUUUCAAUGUUAUGGAUACAAUUAUGAAUCCACAACUUGAUUUGGAGAUGUCGAACAUGAUGCAAACAAUUGAGUUGGCUAGGGACGAGUUAGUAAGCUUAUUGAAUGUAAACGAGCCAUUUUGGCUAAAAGAUGUAUCGGAUGGAAGAUAUAUCAUUCACAGAGAGACAUAUAACACAACUUUUUUAAAGACAAGUGCCCAAGAAAAUCGCCAUCACAAUGGACUGCGUACUCACUUUGAGUCAUCGAAAAAUGAAGCGAUCUUGAGCAUGGGUGCUUCGAAAGUGACUGAAAUGCUAAUGGAUUCGAAAAUGAGGACAGAAUAUCUUUUUCCUACCAUCUUAACAGACGGUUUCACAAUCAAAGAAUAUGGAAAUCAAUCCUCGCCUCGCCAAGUCGGGCCAAUAAAAUUGGUUUAUGAGCAGAUGCAUAUACUUGCCCCAUUUGUUAGUCCAAGAGAUUUUUUCUUUCUUCGUUUAUGUGAAAAGGUCGCUGAAGGAACGUGGCUAAUAGUGGAGGUCUCUCAUGACUUUAAUAAAACAAUUUUUCAACUCAAUUCCCCCGCUCGUGCAUGGAGGCUUCCUUCUGGCUGUCUAAUCAAGGAUGUAUCUCCUGGAGUUUCUCAUGUGACAUGGAUGGAACAUGUAGAAAUUGAAGACAUGGCCCUAAUUCCUAUUCUCUAUAAAGGUGUAUUCCUUCAUGGAUUGGCCUUCAGUUCAGAUAGAUGGGUUCAAACACUUUCAAGGUCCUGCCAUAGAACUUCUUCUUAUAAUAAUAUGGUGCAGAACCAAUUUGAUAGCCCCCUACAGAACAUGGGAGUGCUGGAAGUCCUGACUCAAGAAGAUAGGAAAUGCAUCAUGAGUAUAACUGACAAAAUGAUGAAGAGAUUCUGCUCAAACAUGAACAUGAAAGACAAACUUGAAGUGUCUCGAUUCAAAGAUAUUGAGAUUUGUCUCUCUUUAUGCCGAGAUCAAGAAAACGCCGAUCCAUCCAAUGGCCUGAUCGUCAAUGCUGCUACCUCUUUUUGGCUUGACGCUCCAUGUCAAAAGAUUAUUGAAUUCUUAAAUAAUGUUAAUCUUAGAUCUCAGUGGGAUACUGUUUGCUAUGGAGGAAUUGUGGAAGAGAUUGCUUGCAUUAAGUUUGGAGAUCAACUAGAUAAUUCAAUAUCUAUUAUCAAGCCUCAUAUUGAAUCUGCAAAUAAUCUGAUUAUGAUCCAAGAGACUCUAGUGGAUCCUCUUGGUGCGGUUAUAGCUUAUGCUCCCAUCGAUCAAGAAGAUUUUAUUGGGGAAUUAAAUCGUUCUUGGACGAAGACUGUGCUUGUAUCUGGUUUUAUUAUUUCUAAAGAUGGAAAUCCUGAAUGUAUGCUGAUGAAUUUUGGAGGAUCUUCGACUUCUAGAAAUGUCGCGCCAACUUCUCCCAAUGGUUCGCUCGUUACCGUGGCUUUCCAAGUGAUAUCUUAUUCCAAGGACAUCGAAAUGGAAUUCAUGAACAUUGUCACUUCAAUUAUUUCCUCCACUAUCAAUCGCAUUAAGUUAGCCUUCAAUUGUUAUGAUCCUUCUGUCUGA